AUGAAGUUGAAGCAGCGCGUGGUGGUGCUGGUUGCCGUGCUACUCCUGUUGGGGCUUGCCAAACUUUUUCUGUUGGACGGAGGAGAGGGGUCCGCAGCCAGCCGACGAGACCUCAGAGCUUUCCGCAAGGUAGGGGUGUGUCUUUGUGUCAGUGUGUAUUUAUUGUAGCUGGUGCCUGCAUGUAACACACACAUUUCUAUCCGUGUGUGUUAUCAGAUGGAGUCAGGCCUGUCUCUCUCCCGCGGUGCCCGGCUAACACACACUCUCCAGUCUCCAUGGGAGGUGGCAGGCCAGUGGGUGGGCCCCAGGGAGGUGUACCCUGAGGAGACCCCUGAGCUGGCAGCCGUCCUCACCGCGCUGGGCACUGCCAGGGUGGAGCGGGCAGAUGUGGGCUACAAGGGCACCCAGCUCAAAGCUCUACUAGUACUGGACGGGGGGCAGAAGGUGGUCUUUAAACCCAAGCGGUGAGAGCGAGAACACACACAUACACAGUCCAUUCUUUGGUUCUGUGCUGCUGAACAGUCCUCAGGAACUGAGUGUCCUUGUUUCACUCUGACAUCUGUGUGUUUGUUGUCUGGUUCUGUUAGGUCAGAUUAGGCACUGUGCUUUUACUCUGUGGUUUAUGUAAGAGGAUAACUCUCUCCAUCACUCCCUCCCUUCCAUCUCUCCCUCCCUCCCUCUCUUUCUAGGUAUAGUAGAGACUAUGUGGUAGAAGGAGAGCCGUAUGCAGGUUAUGACAGACACAAUGCAGAGGUGGCAGCUUUUCACCUGGACAGGUACGCGCGCACACACACGUAUCGGUCUUAUGCAUUAAUAUAUACAUUUUACAUUAGGGAUUGGGAAUCUGGAUACUGGUGUUGCUAGUUGUAUCUGAGUGUAUGUCCUGUGUAUGUGCUGUAGGAUCCUGGGCUUCAGGAGAGCACCUCUAGUGGUAGGGAGGUUUGUCAACCUGAGGACUGAGAUCAAACCUGUCACUACGGACCAGCUACUCAGUACCUUUCUAAUGCAGGGUGAGAUGCUAGCACACACACACACGGACAGACACAUACACACUUGGACACACACACACACACACUACAGGGCUCUGUUCGGUCCCACCCAUAAUAUGUUUGCAAAUAGACAUGCCACUCCUUAAACGUUGAUAAGAUAAUGUGUGUCCGGGUUCAAGCAGCAGUGGGCUAGAUCUCUCUCUCUAAAUGGAAAUGGUUAACCUCUCUCCCUCCCCCUCUCUCUCUCCAGGUAAUAAUAGUUGUUUCUAUGGGAAGUGUUACUACUGUAGAGAGAGUGAGCCGGCAUGUGCGGAGGGAGAGAAGAUGGAGGGAUCGAUAACUCUCUGGCUGCCAGACGUCUGGCCGCUCCAGAAACAUAGACACCCCUGGGGACGCACCUACAGGGAGGGCAAACUGGCCAGGUGUGUGUAUUAACUAUUUGUCUGUGGUAUAUGUUAACUGUGUGUGGUUGAGUAUUCAUUUUGUGUGUGUGUAGGUGGGAGUAUGAUGAGAACUACUGUGAUGCGGUAAAGAAGAUGCCUCCGUACGACGCUGGUCCCAGACUGCUGGACGUCAUCGACACGGCCAUCUUUGAUUAUCUCAUCGGCAACGCAGACCGACAUCAUUAUGAGAGUUUCCAAGACGAUGGAGGAGCCAGCAUGCUCAUCCUGCUGGAUAACGCAAAGAGGUGGAACACAUACACACUCUACUUAUUGUAGCUAAUGUUAGCACAUGAACGGUAUAAACACAUUUAGGUACUCUAGACAUGAUGACUAAGAUGACCUCUCCUUCACCUCUCUCCCUUCAUCUCUCCAUCCCCCACAUCACUCCUCUUUUCUAGGGGUGUAACGGUUUGGUACAUAUUGUGGUUACGGUUCGGUUUCGGUACAGCGUAAAUUAACAAUGUUCAACAUUCACAAUGUUCCUUGCAUUGUCUGUUGUGACCGAAUUGUUAUGAUUGACCUCUCAAGUUUCCACUCUGAUGCUGCAUGUUGGAGGUGGGAAUUAACCAGUUGUGAAGUCGUAGAUACCAGUUGUAUGCAUUCAUGUGAUUUGAACUUGUUGAGAAACGCAGAUUGGCUAAUGGUCAACAAGCUGUGUCAACCAUAAACUUAAAGUACAGUGAUCAUGCUUGUAAACAAAUUAUAGAGUUCAAAAACCACAUUUAAUAGAUUGCUUUUUAUAAAUAAUGUUUUGUUAAAUUUAACUGCUGAAAAUGCUGUUAUAGAGGCCAUUUCCUAAGUAGGGGACGUCAGAGGUCACCAUGUGAGAGAAGUUGGUGCUCAGGAUGAUUGACGAGUUUCCCACUAGUAAUUACCAGUUUGAGAGCUGUUCAAGUGAAUUUUUCCCAGUCAUGUGGUAAAUUCCCACUUGGUUAUGAACGCACCAUGACACUGCCUCCUUCAGUGCCAGAUGCGCACUUGUGACUCUCAUAAAGGGGGCAUGUCUGUAGCACGGUACAUCUCCCACUCCGGUGUAUUGUGAUGGGCUGUCACUGUUAAGUAAGCGCAACACAGGGUGCAUUGGUUAAAAACGUCCUGCUUUAGUUUGCUUAUAUAGAGCGUAAGGCUGACCCCGUUUAGUUGACUGGCCGAUUGUUUGGUUGAUAGGCAGUUGGUCGACCGAGAUUUCUUUAGUCGAGCAGUCUCAAUUUUAAUUUUAUGGUGCACAAAACACCUGUCUAAUUCAUGCCUGUCUCAUUGGACUAAUCCAUUGUGGAGGCCACAGCGAUGGCACAGUCCAUCACUCUAAGACAUCUGAUACUGAAAUUGUAUAUGGUUAUAUUAUGUAAAAAAAUUAUGGUGCAACACUAAUAAAUUGAAUAUUAUUUUAUAACAAAUGCACUUUCUCCUGCUUUGGAAAUGGUCGCUGUCCGCGGUUCUGAAACAUAAUCUUUAGUGUGCUGUAGAAUUGCCGCCUUUCCCUAUUUUGCUAUGUGCAUAAUAGCAAAAUUAACCAGCAUAUUGGGAUUGAGAACAAUACAGUGGAAGCAACAGCAGCCGAGACGAGGAAACAGCCCUUGCCUUAAGCCCUCUUUGGACGGGAUUAGUUUUACUGGGGGUGGUCCGGUAAUGUAAUUAUGUGCACAAGCACAAAACACCACAUCUGUAAUUUUAGUCCUGUCCGAAUCUGCCAUGUCAGUAAUUUGUACAUGGCAUGAGAGGUAACAAUUCCAGCUAGAAUAACCUACUGUUUUUUUGGUGAACUCCAAGGUCCUCUGAUAAUACAAGUCCCGUGUGAAUCGACAUCCCUGUGUUUUGAGAGAAAUGUCUGAGUUUGACAGGUUUUGUUCACGGUUUGAGCAAGAAAACAAUAAUUGAUUUGAUAAAUUGAAUGAAGUGCUGCGCAUAGCCUAUAUAUGAAGGGCAUACAUGUAUCAACUUUCACAGUGAAUGCUUUUGUUCAUAUGUUUUGUGCGUAUGAAUAGAAUAUUGCCAAAUGCAUCAGUAAAACAUAUUGUGCCUAUUUAAUGUAACCCUUGCUGUUAAUAGAUCGCAAAGCAGCAUACAACCUACCUAAAUGUUUGGAAAUGAUACGUUCACUUUCUCAUUCAUAGCCUUAAAACGCAUCUCAAGUGCAAGUGCACUGUUUAGCUCACAUCUGAAGGCUGGGGGCAUUUAGGACGUCUAUUGCGGAUCACUAAAAUAUCCUAAUGAUUCUGAUAACACUUCCUCAAUUCAAAUAUUAUGGGGCACUAUACCAAAGAGGUUUGGUAUGGUUUAACUUGGGAACCAAGCUUGAGUUAUCAGUGUAGCCCUGUUAUCGCCUGGACUUGAAAUAUCUUCACACCUAGAAAAUAACCUCCAGGCUUCCAUCAUAACUGUCAAUUUAUUGGAAAAAAAGAAAAGAUUACAGGGGGCAGUUUGGAAAAACGAAUCCUGUCCAAAUCAUCCUCUGGAAUAACGGACAUUCUGGGGUAAUAAAUACAUAACCAACGUUCUAAAGUAAUACUAGUCCCAUGCGAAUAGGGCUUAGCCUAAUUGUCUAAGAAAAUUGAGGAUAGAGCAAACCCCAACUUAAUUAGGUCUAUAAUCAAUAGCCUAACUGUUAAAUGUGCCUGUCUUUAUAAAUCAUCCAUAUACAGUACCAGUCAAAAGUUUGGACACACCUACUCAUACAUUGUAGAAUAAUAGUGAAGACAUCAAAACUAUGAAGUAACACAAAUGGAAUCAUGCAGUAACCAAAAAAGUGUUAAACAAAUCAAAAUAGAUUUUAGAUUCUUCAAAGUAGCCACCCUUUGCCUUGAUGACAGCUUUGCACCCUCUUGGCAUUCUCUCAACCAGCUUCACCUGGAAUGCUUUUCCAACAGUCUUGAAGGAGUUCCCACAUAUGCUGAGCACUUGUUGGCUGCUUUUCCUUCACUCUGCGGUCCGACUCAUCCCUAACUAUCUCAAUUGGGUUGAGGUCGCGUGAUUGUGGAAGCUAGGUCAUCUGAUGCAGCACUCCAUCACUCUCCUUCUUGGUCAAAUAGCCCUAACGCAGCCUGGCUGAUAGUCCCACUAAGCGCAAAUCAGAUGGGAUGGCGUAUCGCUGCAGAAUGCUGUGGUAGCCAUGCUGGUUAAGUGUGCCUUGAAUUCUAAAUAAAUCAGUGUCACCAGCAAAGCACCCCCAAAACAUCACACCACCUCCUCCAUUUUUCACGGUGGGAACCACACAUGCGGAGAUCAUCCGUUCACCUACUCUGCGUCUCACAAAGACACGGCGGUUGGAACCAAAAAUCUCCAAUUUGGACUCAUCAGACCAAAGGACAGAUUGCCACCAGUCUAAUGUCCAUUGCUCGUGUUUCUUGGCCCAAGCAAGUCUCUUCUUCUUAUUGGUGUCCUUUAGUAGUGGUUUCUUUGCAGCAAUUCGACCAUGAAGGCCUGAUUCACGCAGUCUCCUCUGAACAGUUGAUGUUGAGAUGUCUGUUACUUGAACUCUGUGAAGCAUUUAUUUGGGCUGCAGUUUCUGAGGCUGGUAACUCUAAUGAACUUAUCCUCUGCAGCAGAGGUAAUUCUGGGUCUUCCUUUCCUGUGGCGGUCCUCAUGAGAGCCAGUUUCAUCAUAGUGCUUGAUGGUUUUUGCGACUGCACUUGAAGAAACGUUCAAAGUUCUUGACAUUUUCUGUGUUGACUGACCUUCAUGUCUUAAAGUAAUGAUGGACUGUCGUUUCUCUUUGCUUAUUUGAGCUGUUCUUGCCAUAAUAUGGACUUGGUCUUUUACCAAAUAGGGCUAUCUUCUGUAUACCCCCCCCCCCCCCCCCACACACCUUGUCACAACACAACUGACUGGCUCAAACGCAUUAAGAAGGAAAGAAAUUCCACAAAUUAACUUUUAACAAGGCACACCUGUUUAAUUGAAAUGCAUUCCAGGUGACUACCUCAUGAAGCUGGUUGAGAGAAUUCCAAGAGUGUGCAAAGCUGUCAUCAAGGCAAAAGGUGGCUACUAAAAUCUAAAAUAUAUUUUGAUUUGUUUAACACUUUUUUGCUUACUGCAUGAUUCCAUGUGUUAUUUCAUAGUUUUGCCUGUUUGAGUGUUUGUUUAAUAGCCUACUGAUUUCGUGAGCACCAAGUCUCAUGCAACAGAAAAAUGUUGGAUAAAGCAAUUUCACAGAUGUGGCUGUUUUUAAUCUUUGCUGUGCUGUAAUAAAGGCUUUACCAUUUUUUCCCUUUAGAACAGACAGGUAUUACUUAUUUAGUGUUGUUUACACUGUUCCAAACAGGCAGAAAAAUUAUAUUAUAAUCUAACAGCAUAUUUCUGUCACACAUAAUAUGCACGCAGCUCUCGUUUCUAUACCCGCCUUUUUCUUAAUCUCCUUCUUGUUAUAAUUCAAUUAUUAUUAUGAUCAUGUCUCCCGAGUGGUGCAGUGGUCUAAGGCACUGCAUCGCAGUGCUAGCUGUGCCACUAGAGAUCCUGGUUCGAGUCCAGGCUCUGUCGCAGCCUGCCGCGACCGGGAGACCCAUGGGCGGCGCACAAUUGGUCCAGCGUCGUCCAAGGUAGGGGAGGGUUUGGCCGGCAGGGAUGUGGGUUUGUUUCCCACGUGGGGCCAGAAUGAAAAAAAACAUGUAUGCAUUCACUAACUGUAAGUCGCUCUGGAUAAGAGCGUCUGCUAAAUGACUAAAAUGUAAAAUGUAAAUGAAUCCAGGCUCUGUCGUAGCCGGCCGCGACCGGGAGACCCAUGGGGCGGCACACAAUUGGCACAGCGUCGUCCAGGGUAGGGGAGGGAAUGGCCGGCAGGGAUUUGGCUCAAUUGGUAGAGCAUGGCGUUUGCAACGCCAAGGUUGUGGGUUCGUUUUCCACGGUAUAAACAGUAUAAUUUAAAAAAUAUAUAUAUAUAUAAUAAUGUAUGCACUCACUAACUGGAAGUCGCUUUGGAUAAGAGCGUCUGCUAAAUGACUAAAAAAAGUAAAAAAAUAAAAUAAUAAGUAAUGUCGUUAUCAUUAGUAGGCUUUGUAUAGUAGCCUUGUAUAACCCCCAUCGAGCUGUAGGUAUAAGAGCGCGUCCUGUUUAGUCUUAAUACCGGAACUUACAGUAUUUAGGCCUAUAUUUCAAUAUAUAAGCUACUGUAUCAAUCAAUCAUUCAUUUGUUCAUGCCAUCACACAGUAUACGAGACAUACAUGCUUUGAAAUGCAAUCAAUCAUUUUCAUUUUAAAAUUAAAUAACAAAUGGAGCUUUGAAUAAUUAGCGUAAACAUAAAUUAACCGCAAUUCACGAAUGCAUGCAACUGUUUUUAGUCUCCUGUAAUAAAGACUUUAUUUUAUUUAUUUUUCAUUAGCGCAGACUCUCUGGUACACUUAUUUAUUUAGUGUUGUUUACACUGUUCCAAAUGGUCCGAGAAAAUAAUAUUGUAAUCUGACAGCAACUGUUUGGCACACAAAAUACUCACGCAACGCUUGCUCCUAUACCCUCCCUUUUCUCCAUUAGUAAACAUUCUGUUUACUACUCAAGUUUAUUUUUCACGUCCUCCGCAUCCAUUUCGCAUAACCUAUUUAUUGAUGUGAUUAUGAUAGGCUAUAGUUAAGGCCCUAUUGGUCACAUGCAUGCGAUGUUUACAUGUUUCACGUAAAGAGAGCAAGGGUUUUCCUAAACAAAAUCUAAUCUAAUUUUAUUUGUCACAUGCGCCGAGUACAACAGGUGUAGUAGACCUUACCGUGAAUUGCCUACUUACAAGCCCUUAACCAACAAUGCAGUUCAAGAAAUAGAGUUAAGAAAAUAUUUACUAAAUAAACGAAAGUAAAAAAAUAUAUAUCAAAAAGUAACACAAGAAAAUUACAAAACAAUAACGAGGCUAUAUACAAGGGGGUACCAGUACCGAAUCAGUGUGCGGGGGUACAGGUUAGUCGAGGUAAUUUGUAAAGUGACUAUGCAUAGAUAAUAAACAGCAAGUAGCAGCAGUGUAAAAACAAACUGCGGGGGAUGGGGUCGUCAAUGUAUAUAGUCCGGGUGGCCAUUUGAUUAAUUUUUCAUCAGUCUUAUGGCUUGGGGGUAAAAGCUGUUAAGGAGCCUUUUGGUCCUAGAAUUGGUGCUCCGGUACCGCUUGCCGUGCGGUAGCAGAGAGAACAGUCUAUGACUUGGGUGACUGGAGUCUUUGUGUAUGGGAUUUAGGUAACAGAACUUUUCAGUCAGAAACAAGUAAGAAACUAAAUGGCUGAAAUGAUGUUGCAGCUUCAGCAUGGACAGCGCAAUAAACACUUGCUGUGCUGUGGUACCUUUUCCCUGCAGUAGGGAGGAGAGCGAGACAACGUGCGCCAGUCACACAGGCACUCGCUGUCUUUUUUUUUUUUUUUACACAGUGUGACCAUCAGGCUCUUUCUUGAGUAAUUUGCGUUUAUUUAAUCAAACAGUGUGCUGAAAGCAUCAGACAAGCUCAGUGCAUAUGUAGUUGGUUUAAUUCAAACACAUAGGAUGUGUCUGUCUAUAUAUGGAAAAAUAAGUUUAAACAUGUUGACCAAUCGAUUGCUCGAAAGAACGGGACUACCAAUAUAUAUUUUUUGUCGGGGACAGCCCAAAUAGAGCAGGUAAAAUUGGUCUUCCUGAAAUUGGUGCAAGAGGGAAGUUCGUAAUGUGGCGCGAGCACUUUCACGAGGUGCUGAAACCCCCUAUUCUCAGCCACCGAGAAUGGGUGCAUAUCCACGGCUAUAAACCAAAGAUUGUACAAAUUCUCGUGUAAUUUCUUAGGCCCGGUCAGAAUCAGCUGCCAAGGGUUGAUUGAAUGCAGAGGGGAGACGAUGUGUUGUUUCUUUGCGUUUCAUUUUUGCUCUGGUAUACUGGGUUGGUGUCGGCGUAAAUGUGUCAACAUAUUUGAGGUGUUGGCAGCUGCAUAUGCUAUUCUCGUUAAGCGUGGCGACAUACUGUUAACGUUUUAUCCACAACUCUGUCCAUCGCCAUUGUAAUCUACUGGGAAGCCAAAAUAUUCCCAAACUGGAGAUUUAAACGAUGAUGGGGGAUCCUCCAAUUCUGGUUUAUCGACCCCACCACUCGCCAUCGUACAGAACUAGGAGACCGAACUGAGGUCCAUUACACCCCAUCGUUCGCAUAACCUUCAUUCAACUAUGUAAAGAAAAAAGUAUUUAAUAAGAUUAUUUCAUUCAUUCAGAUCUAGGAUGUGUUAUUUUUGUGUUCCCUUAAUUUUUUUGAGCAGUGUAUAUUAACAAAACAAAAACACUAGGCCUAUAGGCUAUAAAUAAAAAUAAAAAUAAUAUGCCAUUUAGCUGACGCUUUUAUCCAAAGCGACUUACAGUCGUGCGUGCAUACAUUUUUUUUUGUAUGGGUGGUCCUCUGUAGCUCAGCUGGUAGAGCACGGCGCUUGUAACGCCAAGGUAGUGGGUUCGAACCCCGGGACCACCCAUACACAAAAAAAUGUAUGCACGCACGACUGUAAGUCGCUUUGGAUAAAAGCAUCAGCUAAAUGGCAUAUUAUUUUUAUUUUUAUUUAUAGCCUAUAGGCCUAGUGUUUUUGUUUUGUUAAUAUACACUGCUCAAAAAAAUUAAGGGAACACAAAAAUAACACAUCCUAGAUCUGAAUGAAUGAAAUAAUCUUAUUAAAUACUUUUUUCUUUACAUAGUUGAAUGUGCUGACAACAAAAUCACACAAAAAUUAUCAAUGGAAAUCAAAUUUAUCAACCCAUGGAGGUCUGGAUUUGGAGUCACACUCAAAAUUAAAGUGGAAAACCACACUACAGGCUGAUCCAACUUUGAUGUAAUGUCCUUAAAACAAGUCAAAAUGAGGCUCAGUAGUGUGUGUGGCCUCCACGUGCCACACACGUGGAGGCCACACCAUCCUGAUGAGGUGGUGGAUGGUCUCCUGAGGGAUCUCCUCCCAGACCUGGACUAAAGCAUCCGCCAACUCCUGGACAGUCUGUGGUGCAACGUGGCGUUGGUGGAUGGAGCGAGACAUGAUGUCCCAGAUGUGCUCAAUUUGAUUCAGGUCUGGGGAACGGGCGGGCCAGUCCAAAGCAUCAAUGCCUUCCUCUUGCAGGAACUGCUGACACACUCCAGCCACAUGAGGUUUAGCAUUGUCUUGCAUUAGGAGGAACCCAGGACCAACUGCACCAGCAUAUGGUCUCACAAGGGGUCUGAGGAUCUCAUCUCGGUACCUAAUGGCAGUCAGGCUACCUCCUAAUGGCUGUGCGGCCCCCCAAAUAAAUGCCACCCCACACCAUGACUGACCCACCGCCAAACCGGUCAUGCUGGAGGAUGUUGCAGGCAGCAGAACGUUCUCCACGGCGUCUCCAGACUCUGUCACGUCUGUCACAUGUGCUCAGUGUGAACCUGCUUUCAUCUGUGAAGAGCACAGGGUGCCAGUGGCAAAUUUGCCAAUCUUGGUGUUCUCUGGCAAAUGCCAAACGUCCUGCACGGUGUUGGGCUGUAAGCACAACCCCCACCUGUGGACGUCGGGCCCUCAUACCACCCUCAUGGAGUCUGUUUCUGACCCUUUGAGCAGACACAUGCACAUUUGUGGCCUGCUGGAGGUCAUUUUGCAGGGCUCUGGCAGUGCUCCGCCUGCUCCUCCUUGCACAAAAGCGGAGGUAGCGGUCCUGCUGCUGGGUUGUUGCCCUCCUACGGCCUCCUCCACGUCUCCUGAUGUACUGGCCUGUCUCCUGGUAGCGCGUCCAUGCUCUGGACACUACGCUGACAGACACAGCAAACCUUCUUGCCACAGCUCGCAUUGAUGUGCCAUCCUGGAUGAGCUGCACUACCUGAGCCACUUGUGUGGGUUGUAGACUCCGUCUCAUGCUACCACUAGAGUGAAAACACCGCCAGCAUUCAAAAGUGACCAAAACAUCAGCCAGGAAGCAUAGGAACUGAGAAGUGGUCUGUGGUCACCAUCUGCAGAACCACUCCUUUAUUGGGGGUGUCUUGCUAAUUGCCUAUAAUUUCCACCUGUUGUCUAUUCCAUUUGCACAACAGCAUGUGAAAUGUAUUGUCAAUCAGUGUUGCUUCCUAAGUGGACAGUUUGAUUUCACAGAAGUGUGAUUGACUUGGAGUUACAUUGUGUUGUUUAAGUGUUCCCUUUAUUUUUUUGAGCAGUAUAUAUUUUUUAUAUAUUCAUUGGGUUCACAGUGCGGACCGAACUGUUUACCAUUACACCCCUACUCUUUUCCCACUGAUCCUGUUGAUUAAUCUGCUGAGCUGAGUGUGUCCUAGACUGUGUGUUAUGACAAUAUGUAUGCAGGUGCUUUAAUAGGGAUGUAACGAGUCACCGUUAAGGUGCGUUGGCAUAUAACGCGAAUGUCUAGCAACCCAAAGGUUGCGUGUUUGAAUCUCAUCAUGGACAACUUUAGCAUUUUAGCUAAUUAGCAACUUUUCAACUACUUGCUACUUUGCAACAACACUGAACAAAAAUAUAAAUGCAACAUGUAAAGUGUUGGUCCCAUGUUUCUUGAGAUGAAAUUAAAGAUCCCAGACAUUUUCCAUAGACACUAAAAGCUUAUUUCUAUCAAAUGUUUUGCACAAAUUUGUUUACUUCCCUGUUAGUGAGCAUUUCUCCUUUGCCAAGAUAACCCAUCCACCUGACAGAUGUCGCAUAUAAAGAAGCUGAUUAAACAGCAUGAUCAUUACACAGGUGCACAUUGUGCUGGGAACAAUAAAAGUCCACUCUAAAAUGUGCAGUUUUGUCACACAACACAAUGCCACAGAUGUCUGAAAUUUUGAGGGAGCAUGCAAUUGGUAUGCUGACUGCAGUAAUGUCCACCACAGCUGUUGCCAGAUAAUUUAAUGUUAAUUUCUGUACCAUAAGCGGCCUCCAACGUUGUUUUAUGGAAUUUGUGAGUACGUCCAACUGGCCUCACAACCGCAGACCACGUAUACGGCAUUGUGUGAGUGAGCUGUUUGCUGAUUUCAACGUUGUAAACAGAGUGCCCCAUUGUGGCGGUAGGGUUAUGGUAUGGGCAGGCAUAAGCUACGGACAACGAACACAAUUGCAUUUUAUCGAUGGCAAUUUGAAUGCACAGAAAAACCGUGACGAGAUCCUGAGGCCCAUUGUCGUGCCAUUCAUCCGCCGCCAUCACCUCAUGUUUCCGCAUAAUGUACAGCUCCAUGUUGCAAGGAUCCGUACACAAUUCCUGGAAGCUGAAAAUGUCCUGGCCUGCAUACUCACCUGACAUGCCACCCAUUGUGCAUGUUUGGGAUGCUCUGAAUCGACGUGUACAAUACUGUGUUCCAGUUCCCGCCAAUAUCCAGCAACUUCGCAAAUCGACAAUCAACAGCCUGAUCAACUCUAUGCAAAGGAGAUUUCUCACACUGGUAUGAGGCAAAUGGUGGUCACACCAGAUGCUGACUGGUUUUCUGAUCCACGCCCCUAACUAUUUUUUGUUGCAUAUCUGUAUCCCCAGUCAUGUGAAAUCCAUCGAUUAGGGCCUAAUGAAUUUAUUUCAAUUGACUGAUUUCCUUAUAUGAACUGUAGCUCAGUAAAAUCUUUGAAAUUGUUGCGUUUUAUAUUUUUGUUCAGUAUACUUAGGGUUAGGGGAAGGGUUAGCUAACAUGCUAACUAUUUUAGCGAACCCUUCCCCUAACCCUUUAACCUAACUCCUAAACUUAACCCUAACCUUAACUCUAACCCAGCUAACAUUAGCCAGCUAGCUAACGUUAGCCACCUAGCUAGAAUGCAUAACAUAUCAUUCAUUUUGCAAAUUCGUUACAUAUUGUACAUUUUGCUAAUUUGUAAUCAAUUUGUAAUUCGUAACAUGUCAUAGGAAAUGGGUGAUGGACAUCCAGAAAUUAAUACAUACCAUACGAAAUGUAACAUAUCAUACUAAAUGCAGUGUCUCGGAUUUAUGUUCAAAUGUUUGUAAAAUGGCUUGCGCGAUAUUAGACUUUAUUUGUUUUUAUUAAAUGUCCUGUUGAAAAUGUUGUUUUACCGGAAUAAAAGUAGCCUAAGCAACCGCUGGAGCAGAGUAUUUGAGCGAGUGGAGCAGUCGGAAAUCCCUCACGGAUGAAUUAACAAGAAUAUUUAACAAAGAGCCCAUCUACUUUUGUGACUGUGCCAUUUGGUUUUGAAAUAGGCUAUCGUAAGAAGCUUCAACAUUUCAACAACAUGUCGAAGGCUAUUAAACAAGGACCUGCCUGAUUUUAUAUGCGGCUACUUUAAAAAAAAACAAAUGGCUUUUUCUCAAAUGUAUUGAUGAUCAGAUACUUCAGUUGUAACUGGCUCUGUUGCACUCACAUUUUACAGUUGAUAGGCAACUGUAGCACUGUUACAAACUUACACUGCUCUUUUUUAACAAUGGCCUAUAUAGAAAUCAAAACAUCUCCGGUGCUGCUGCAUGGGCUCAUUCGUUGCCUUGCUAUCAAUUAGGCUACACAAGCUGUGUGACUUAUUUCUUGGUCGACACAUAUAAGCAUCUCUACGCAUUAGUGGUGCGGCAGGCAAAAUAAAUACAACAGAAUAAGCCUAAUUAAAAGAACAGUGAUGAAUUAAAUGAAAAAUGUUGGGCAAACCAUGCCCAGAGCUCGGGCUGAGCGUUACCGGAGCGAAAUUGCAGCGGGAGAGAAGACUGAAGCUCCAACACGGUCUAAGGCACUGCAUCGCAUGUGUUGCGGGGUCACUACAGACUGGGGUUCAAUCCCAGGCUGUGUCACAACCGGCCGUGACCGGGAGUCCCAUAUGGCAGCGCACAAUUGGCCCAGCGUCGUCCGGGUUAGGAGAGGGUUUGGCCGGGGGGGGCUUUUCUUGGCUCAUCGCGCUCUAGCGACUCCUUGUGGCGGGCCGUGCACCUGCAGGCUGACUUCGGUCUUCAGUUGAACGGUGUUUCCUCCGACACAUUGGUGCAGCUGCCUUCCAGGUUAAGCGAGCUGGUGUUAAGAAGCGCGGCUUGGCGGGUCAUGUUUCGGAGGACGCAUGGCUCAACUUUCGCCUCUCCUGACCCCGUUGGGGAGUUGCAGCGAUGAGACAAUAUUGUAUUCACGAAAUUGGGGAGAAAAAGGGGGGUAGAAAUUACAACAACUAAAAAUAUGGUUUAUGGCUUGCGCAACAUUGCAACCUAUGUUUGAGAUCAAAGUGUGGCAGUGUGAAGCGUGCCUGUAUCUCUCACCGAACUAGAAUGAGUUUCACUUUCUAUAACCUCUCUCUGCUCUGAUCGACAUGAGCCUGCAACUCUCAUCUCUCCAGCGUUGCACUUCAUAAUUUAUUUCCUUAUAAACUCAGCAAAAAAGGAAACGUCCUCUCACUGUCAACUGCGUUUUAUUCCAGCUAACUUAACAUACAGUUGAAGUCGGAAGUUUACAAUUCAAUGUAUCACAAUUCCAGUGGGUCAGAAGUUUACACUAAGUUGAUUGUGCCUUUUAAACAGCUUGGAAAAUUCCAUAAAAUGAUGUCAUGGCUUUAGAAGCUUCUGAUAGGCUAAUUGACAUAAUUUGAGUCAAUUGGAGGUGUACCUGUGGAAAUAUUUCAAGGCCUACCUUCAAACUCAGGGCCUCUUUGCUUUAUAUCAUGGGAAAAUCAAAAGAAAUCAGCCAAGACCUCAGAAUUUUUUGGGGGACCUCCACAAGUCUGGUUCAUCCUUGGGAGCAAUUUCCAAACGCCUGAAGAUACCAUGUUCAUCUGUACAAACAAUAGUAUGCAAGUAUAAACACCAUGGGAACCACGCAGCCGUCAUACCGCUCAGAAAGGAGAUGCGUUCUGUCUCCUAGAGAUGAACAUACUUUGGUGCAAAAAGUUCAAAUCAAUCCCAGAACAACAGCAAAGGACCUUGUGAAGAUGCUGGAGGAAACUGGUACAAAAGUGUCUAUAGCCACAGUAAAACGAGUCCUAUAUCGACAUAACCUGAAAGCCCACUCAGCAAGGAAGAAGCCACUGCUCCAAAACCGCCAGACUACGCUUUACAACUGCACAUGGGGACAAAGAUCGUACUUUUUUUAGAAAUAUCCUCUGGUCUGAUGAAACAAAAAUAGAACUGUUUGGCCAUAAUGACCAUCGUUAUGUUUGGAGGAAAAAGGGGGACGCUUGCAAGCCGAAGAACACCAUCCCAACCAUGAAGCACGGGGGUGGCAGCAUCAUGCUGUGGGGGUGUUUUGCUGCAGGAGGGACUGGUGCACUUCACAAAAUAGAUGAAAUCAUGAGGAAGGAAAAUGAUGUGGAUAUAUUGAAGCAACAUCUCAAGACAUCAGUCAGGAAGUUAAAGCUUGGUCGCAAAUGGGUCUUCCAAAUGGACAAUGACCCCAAGCAUACUUCCAAAGUUGUGGCAAAAUGGCUUAAGGACAACAAAGUCAAGGUAUUGGAGUGGCCAUCACAAAGCCCUGACCUCAAUCCUAUAGAAAAUGUGUGGGCAGAACUGAAAAAGCGUGUGCGAGCAAGGAGGCCUUCAAACCUGACUCAGUUACACCACCUCUGUCAGGAGGAAUGGGCCAAAAUUCACCCAACUUAUUGUGGGAAGCUUGUGGAAGCCUACCCGAAAUGUUUGACCUAAGUUAAACAAUUUAAAAGCAAUGCUAUCAAAUACUAAUUGAGUGUAUGUAAAAUUCUGACCCACUGGGAAUGUGAUGAAAGAAAUAAAAGCUGAAAUAAAUAAUUCUCUCUACUAUUAUUCUGACAAAAAGUAACAGUCAGUAUCUGGUGUGGCCACCAGCUGCAUUAAGUACUGCAGUGCAUCUCCUCCUCAUGGACUGCACCAGAUUUGCCAGUUCUUGCUGUGAGAUGUUACCCCACUCUUCCACCAAGGCACCUGCAAGUUCCCGGACAUUUCUGGGGGGAAUAGCCCUAGCCUUCACCCUCCGAUCCAACAGGUCCCAGACGUGCUCAAUGGGAUUGAGAUCCGGGCUCUUCGCUGGCCAUGGCAGAACACUGACAUUCCUGUCUUGCAGGAAAUCACACACAGAACGAGCAGUAUGGCUGGUGGCGUUGUCAUGCUGGAGGGUCAUGUCAGGAUGAGCCUGCAGGAAGGGUACCACAUGAGGGAGGAGGAUGUCUUCCCUGUAACACACAGCGUUGAGAUUGCCUGCAAUGACAACAAGCUCAGUCCGAUGAUGCUGUGACACACCGCCCCAGGCCAUGACGGAUCCUCCACCUCUAAAUCGAUCCCGCUCCAGAGUACAAGCCUCGGUGUAACGCUCAUUCCUUCGACGAUAAAUGCGAAUCUGACCAUCACCCCUGGUGAGACAAAACCGCGACUCGUCAGUGAAGAGCAAUUUUUGCCAGUCCUGUCUUGUCCAGCGACGGUGGGUUUGUGCCCAUAGGCGAUGUUGUUGCCGGUGAUGUCUGGUGAGGACCUGCCUUACAACAAGCCUACAAGCCCUCAGUCCAGCCUCUCUGAGCCUAUUGCGGACAGUCUGAGCACUGAUGGAGGGUUUGUGCUUUCCUGGUGUAACUCGGGCAGUUGUUGUUGCCCUCCUGUACCUGUCCCGCAGGUGUGAUGUUCGGAUGUACCGAUCCUGUGCAGGUGUUGUUACACGUGGUCUGCCACUGCGAGGACGAUCAGCUGUCCGUCCUGUCUCACUGUAGCGCUGUCUUAGGCGUCUCACAGUACGGACAUUGCAAUUUAUUGCCCUGCCCACAUCUGCAGUCCUCAUGCCUCCUUACAGCAUGCCUAAGGCACGUUCACGCAGAUGAGCAGGGACCCGGGGCAUCUUUCUUUUGGUGUUUUUCAGAGUCCGUAGAAAGGCCUCUUUAGUGUCCUAAGUUUUCAUAACUGUGACCUUUAAUUGCCUACCGACUGUAAGCUAUUAGUGUCUUAAUGACCGUUCCACAGGUGCAUGUUAAUUAAUUGUUUAUGGUUCAUUGAAAAAGCAUGGGAAACAGUGUUUAAACCCUUUACAAUGAAGAUCUGUGAAGUUAUUUGGAUUUUCACUAAUUAUCUUUGAAAGACAGGGUCCUGAAAAAGGGUUUAGAAUCAUAGCCGCACAGGUUCUGGAGGAACUGCAGCACACCUGAUCAAUUUAAAUGAAUUUGCCAAAGUUAUAGAAUUACUGCUGUCUGUUCAUAAAGAAAUGAAAUAAUUCCGAAUAGCCUACUAAACCAUUAAAAUGUAUAUAAUUUAACCACAGAGGAUCAAUAGCUUAUUUUUUAAAAAUAGCCUAGUUGUGGCUUGUGUGUAACCCAAUAACAAGGCAUAGCCUACCAACCUAGCCUACAGUCGGUAACGUGCAGCAAAUCUUUCAGUGAACAGCAUGCAGACAAAACAGGCUUUUCCCAAUAUUUCAAAUACAAUCGUGGGAAAACACAGGUUGGAAAGCAAAUGGCUCCUGCUGAAAAGAGAAGAAUCUAAUCUAUCUUCUGUAGGCUACCAAAAUAUUUGAUCAACUUCCAAAUAUUGUUUUACAAAGUAAGACAAGACAGAGAGGCUUUUGGCAUCACCGGCGAGUGAGCUGCGUAUCAUUUGGGGAGUCAGUGAAACUGGAAAGCAUUUUUAGGACUAUAAUUUCCUCAUAAUGUAGCCUGCAAUAUGUGUCUCCACACACCUAGGCCUAGGAUAUUGAUGGAUUCAAGACAAGGUCAUUUUUAUUGAUCUCAGUUUGUCAGUGUCAUUUUGAUCAUUUGUGUGGUAUUAAAGAUUCUGCCAAAGUCUCCAGUCAUGUAAAAUGCAUGAAAUGGGUUUAUAAAAAGCCUAACAUUUUCCCCCGUGUGUGCAACUUCUGUAAGGCCACUACUCUACUGCUCUAUGCCACUACGCAAAUGCGAUGAUAUGCAUACAAUGCUUUAUUAUAACUUUUUAUUUUGAUGUGUUCCGGUACAUCAGAGCUCCCAAGGUCACCCCCCUCUCGUGCCCAUUUUUUGUUCCGGCACCUCCCGAUUUACAAAUUUAAGCACUGGUUAAGUUGAUAAUUUCAUAACGAGUAUAGCAAUCACUUUUGCUACCCGCACUGCAUGGUCGAAGCGGGAGAAGAAAAGCUCACUCUGAGUCAAAACAUCCAAACAGUCUACCAUUAGAUUAUGAGACUGGGGUGAAAUCCAAAGUUGUGCUAUAUAUUCAUUGGCUAUGUCAUAGCUAAUUGUUAAAGAUAAAUAUUGAUGCAUUACUAGCUCUAACACAUUUAAUCUGCAAAAAAAAAAGUAACAAUUAAUUAGUGGGUGAUGGUGAUUUCACAUAGAAAAUGGGUGGGUGGGGGGGGGGGGGGGGGGGGGGGGGGGACAAAAGCUUUGUCCCCCCUAACUGAUAGUGGGGUGGUAGAUGCCCAGUUUCCCUUAUGUCUCAGCUUAGGUGCCUACAAAUAACAGACAUAUACAUCAUUUACACACACACACACACACACAGAAGUCCAGCUCAGAGAGUCCCAGCUCAUAAGGUCCAUCAGCAGCUAAUUUGAAUUUAGAAUGGUAAAUUAAUAUGUUUAUGCAACAAAUGCAUCGAAUCAUAUUGCGUCGAACUGAAUCGCAUCGAUUCGUUCCUCUAAUCAAACCGAAUCUCAACUAAUCAUUUCAAACCAAAAUGUAUUGUAUCGGAGCCCAUGUAUCUAGAUACAUAUUGAAUCAUCUUGAAAGGGAGAGAUGCACAUCCCUAGUGUCUAACCAAUCUUACUAUGUUGUUUUCUUGUUUGUAGUUUUGGGAAUGCAGCUCUGGAUGAAAGAAGCAUUUUGGCCCCUCUGUAUCAAUGUUGCAUGUGAGUUUACACACACACACUGAAAAUACUAAUGUUUCUGUCAGGAAUCACAACCCAUUUCUCCUUUCUGCAGUGUAUUUAUGAGCUGUUUUACAUUCUUACAUCUCUCUCUCCCUCCAUCUGUCAGGGUGCGUUUGUCUACGUGGAACAGGUUGAACCUGCUGAGGGCAGGGGCUCUGAGUUCAGCCAUGAGACAGGCCCUGACCUUUGACCCCAUCAACCCCGUCCUGGCCGAGCCCCACCUGGCCGCCCUGGACAGACGGCUGUCUGGUGUCAUAGCAACCAUCCGGCAGUGUGUGGAGUCGCAGGGCCCUGACAACACACUGAUAGAGGACCGCAUGAACCUGCCACACCCCUAG